AGGAGAAUGCUUUGGUUUGAUUCAUUCAUCAUCAGAUUCUUCCAUGGCUGUUGUUCUUCUCCAUUGAACAGCCAGUUAUCCCUUCCCGUUCUUCCUACGAACUAUCCAGUGCUACAGCAACGACUUCUUGCCCUUUGGUUUGUCUCCUAAGUCCGAUCAUUCGCCAAGAAAAAUUCCGGUGAUAUUUGAUGUAACCCUUUCCUCUUCUUCAUAUAUCGGUCUCCAAAUUCCAUUUCGCGUUCGAUACAUCUGAGGAAAUCGACAUUUGGCAACAUGUCAACUUCUUUGGGUUGUCCGCGACAACAUCCGCGUUAGGAUCACUGUUUUUUUUUCACCUGGGUAUUGUGAUUCUCUGGGGAGAAUUUCUGGGUUUCGAUUGUUUCCGCUAAUGGAGACACGGAUCUUGUUGUUCGUGGUGGUGCUGGGAAAUCUAACUUGCGCCGCCGUCUCCUCCUCCUCAUCCAGCAAAAGGGUUUCGUCUUGUCCCUUGGGUUCCUCCAAAGAUCACAUCUUAGGAUUUCGAGAUCGGUAUUGUCCUGUAUCUUGGCCUGGUGGUGAAGAAUCGGACGCGCAUCCAAGUUUCGGUUCUGUAACCAGGGGAAAUGAGCGUUGUUUGCAAAUCAUGUUGGAUAUGAUUCAUAAGAGAGAGUGCAAGUAUGUGGCUGUGCUCUUCUUUGCGUCGUGGUGUCCUUUCUCCAGAUCAUUUAGACCGACCUUCAGCAUAAUCUCUUCGCUCUAUUCUUCAAUUCCUCACUUUGCAAUCGAGGAAUCUUCUGUCGGGUCAAGUGUACUGUCCAAGUAUGGAGUUCAUGGAUUCCCUACUCUCUUCAUUAUGAAUUCGACAAUGAGAGUUCGUUACCAAGGGCCCAGCAGAAGCCUCAGUUCUCUUGUUGCAUUUUAUCGCGAUGUUACCGGCGAGGGUUUCAAGUUUAAACCAAUGGAACUAAGCUCCAUUGAAAAAUUGGACGAAGCUUCGGUUGAGGAAAACAGACUAGUGAAUCUGCUUCGCCAAGAGACGUGUCUGGCUCUUGCCACCGUAUUCGUCCUGUUGAGAUUGCUCCAUUCGGUUUUCCCUACGAGACUGUUUGCUCAGAACAUGAGCCUGGACAGCCUACUAGAGCAUACGGUCGUGUAUCUCAGCAGGGUUGUACAGUUAUGCAUUCGUCUUAAAGAACCUCGCAAGAGGAGGAAUUUGCAGGAAGGAGCCAUGAAUGCCGGAGCUUGGGCUUCCAAGUCUUUAGCGACUGUAUCGAUCGGGGAUUCAAGCUCAUCGAGCAGAUGAGUCUCAACUCCUCAGCGAUGUUAACCUCUAAUGGCUUGUAGAGCGCGGCGUUCGGAUGAAAAUGCUGACUGUAUUUGCCAUCUUUUACUAGGAUUCAUUGCUAAAACGUUUUGCAGCAGAAGCAUUGAUCUGUCCUCCUGUACUUCUUUCCUUUUACAUCUUCAGAGAAUUUCCUGCUGUAAAAAGGGUGAGUCCAUGAUUUUAGAUUGUAUAAACUCUUUCACAUUUUUUUUUUAAUCCAGUCUCCUACUUGUUGGAAA